AUGAGAUGCUUCUCUAUUGAACUCUCAUCUCCUAAUAAAAACUUGGAUAAAGGUUAGACUAUAGAAUUUAUAAAGUUUAUAGAGUUAGUUGUGUCUCUUUCAAAGGGUGGUCAUCCUCUCUAUUUUGAUAAUCAAGCCACAACACCUGUUGAUCCAAGGGUAUUAGAUGCUAUGCUUCCAUUUUUGACUGGUUAAUUUGGAAAUCCACACUCUAGGUCUCAUUAAUUCGGUUGGGAUACUGAGAAGGCUUGUGAGGAUGCAAGAUAGAACAUUGCUGACUUAAUUGGGGCAUCAGCAAAAGAAAUAGUAUUUACAUCUGGUGCUACUGAAAGCAACAACUUGGCUUUAAAGGGUGUUGCACACUUUUAUAAAGAUAAGAAGAAGCAUAUAAUCACUUCAUAGAUUGACCACAAAUGCGUGCUGGACAGUUGCAGAAGACUAGAGGAUGAAGGGUUUGAAGUCACUUAUUUGCCAGUUCAGUAAAAUGGUAUUGUUGAUUUAAAUGAACUUGAAAGAGCGAUCAGACCUGACACUGCAAUACUUUCUAUGAUAAUGGUUCACAACGAAAUCGGAGUAAUUCAACCAAUUAAGGAGAUAGGCUAAAUAUGCAGAAAGAAUAAAGUAUUUUUCCACACAGACGCUGCAUAGUCAGUAGGGAAAAUUCCAAUUGACGUCAAUAGUUUAAAUAUCGAUUUAAUGUCAAUCAGUGGUCAUAAACUGCACGGUCCAAAGGGUAUUGGCGCAUUAUAUAUAAGAAGAAAGCCCAGAGUAAGGAUAGUGGCUUAAAUGAGUGGAGGUGGUUAAGAAAAAGGAAUGAGGUCAGGUACCCUUGCUCCACAUCUAGUAGUGGGUCUAGGUGCAGCAGCUAGAAUUGCGAAACUUGAAAUGAAUAAUGAUACAAAGCACAUUACAAAGUUAAACUCAAGAUUCAUUGAUGGACUUAGAUCUCAGCUUUCCCACAUUGUUAUCAAUGGAGAUGAAAAGCAGAGAUACCUUGGAAAUUUGAACAUCUCAUUUUCAUGUGUUGAGGGAGAAAGUCUUAUAAUGGCAAUCAGUGAUGUUGCUGUGUCAAGUGGUUCUGCUUGCACAAGAGUCGAAGAAGAUAUGGCUCAUACCUCACUUAGAAUUGGAUUCGGCAGAUUCACUACUGAAGAGGAGGUUGACUUCACAGUUAAUUUACUUGUGAAAGAAGUCAAUAGAUUGAGAGCAAUGAGUCCUCUCUUUAUUUUACAAAUUACAUUAAUGACUACUCAGAAACUCAAAAUAAGUAAAAUUAAUCAUAGAACUAAGUUGGAUUCUGAAAUGUUUACUCAGCAUCAACCAGACCUCAAGGAUCUGAAACUGGUCGGUAAAAAGACUUAUCAAAAACUUGAGUAUCAGCAGGAAAGCGGUUCAUAGUAAAUGAUGUACUUAGACAAAAUAAAAUAAAUUCACAGUCAAAAGAGAUAAAAUACAGCCUAGAAUCAUCAACGAUAAAAGAGUGAUAUUAGUCAUCUCUUAGAAUCGAAGAAGACUCCAGAUCUAGUAUUUACCAAUCACGAUCAUACCUUCAAUGGCCAAAUUAUGCAAUCUCAACUCUUUGAUUUUAGCAAUAGAGAUGAUAUAACUCCUCCUUAAAACGAGCAAGAAGAAAUCAAAGAGGAGCUAGAUGAUUUUACUGAUCAAAUAAAAAUAAUCAAGGAUUCUAUUAAGGAAUAGAAGAGAUAAGCUCGCUUAAGUAAACUUGCAAGGUCUAAUCAAAAGGCAGGAUAGAAAAGAAUCAAGUUUAUGGUUCCAUCAAUUGAAAGUCAAAACUUUCCUGAGAAGAUUGAGUAUCUCUAAGAAUAUCGAAAGAAACUCAUAUUAUUCUAGAACUCAAGAUAAGUCUCGACGUUGAUUAAGACUCAAUUGAAAGAGCAAGAGCUGAAAAGUAAACGAGAAGGAUAUUAUCUAUCAGGAUAGUCCUUUAAUAAUUAAGUCAAAUUACAACAAUAACAGCAGGAGUUUUAAAAGCAAUAGCGACAGUAACUUUACAGAGAUUUGUAUUAAAUGCAGGAAAGCCAUCAUCCACUACUAUUUAAGCAGAUUUAUCAUCAAUAUAAAAUGAAGAAAUAGUAAUAGAAUAGAUCCUAAAGCAAUGGAGAUUUCAAUUAUAAUCCUGGUACAUUAUUUAUAAACUCUCUUGAUCCUCAGAAACUCAAAGAUUCAUUUUUUAAUGGAUAUGGCAGAUCAAUCAAUCCAACACAACAUACUUCACCAGAAGUUAGGGACAUGCUUAAAAAUAUGGAUGACUCUCCAUUACGUAAUCUUAUUAUAAGACAUUCGAGAAAUAAGACAAUGGAUUAAAUUGCUGAUCUAAAUAAGAUCACUUUUAAGUACAAAGAGCCCCCUCAGUAGAAAAAUUUCAAACCUAAAAAUGAUUCUAAGUUCAUAAAUUAGACAAUUAAUGAGUAUAAAAGGUACAACAAAAAUAUUCAGGAUUACAUUCCACCUACUUAUGAUCAUAGAAGUUUGCUGUACAAGCAAAGACUAGAGUAAAGUAGACAAUUCAAUAUGACUGAGAGCAGUAGGAUUCAUGAUGCGAAUACCACACUGAAUAAUAGCAAUGAAAGAAGAUAAAUGAUGACAAGAGCAAAUAACACAGCUAAUAAUACUUAGAGAUUUAGACCGGAAGAAAAUCCCGAAUUCAAGCAAUAUAGGGACAAUGUGAUAAAACUAAGACCGAGCGCUUCAGCUAUAAAUUUAUCUAACAAGCAGAGUGAUCAAGAUUAAAAGAUGAAAAGAGUUAGGCUAAUUAAAAAGAUAGAUUCCCCAUAAUAUGAUAACGGAAACGAUAUGAAUCUAAAUACGGAUUUCCCCUCUGUUUUUGGAAUUAAUUUAGGCUUAAGAAACGAUCUUAGAUCAAUUCUUUAAGGCAGAAAAAAGGAGCAAGAGUAUGCCCUCAAUAAAAAUUAUAGCCAGUUUGAAACCACAUACCAUAAGGAUUUCAAAGAUAACAGUUUAACUAGACUGUAACAGGCUACUGAGACUUAAGAUAGUCAAACUAAGAAACUUCUUGGACAUUCUUAAUCAGUUAUGGGUUUAUAAUAGGAAAGAGUUUAAAUAUUGAAUGAAUACAUGAAAGCAAAAAAGAGAGCUACUCAUAGAAAUAUUUAAACAUUCCAAGCAAGCCGUAGUGAAAUCAAGAACCUAAAGUCACCUCAACCAUAAAGAGCUGAGAGCUAGUUGAAAGUUCAUAAAACAAAUAAUGAAGGGCAGAGCUAAUAAGUUAUCGAAAAUUAUUUCAACAAAACAAUUAAAUCUCCUUAAGUUGAAUCUAGAAGCUAAAACUUAUUGGAGGAAUCUGAUUACAAUCAUUUAAAUGGCCAUUAAGAUUCAGAUAAGCAUAAUCAUUAACAUCAUCAUUAACACCAACAUCAACACCAGCAUCAACAACACCAGCAUCAACAUCAAUAACAUCAUCAUGAUCAUCAGAGGAUAAACAUACAUUAAUACAAUAAUGUAAAUUUACCCAGAACACACUCUUUAAUGCAACACAGAAGUGCCUCAGAGACUAAAUUACUGAAGCAAGCCUUCCCAAAGAAGCAUAAAUACUUAAUUGAUCAUAUCGAUCAUAUGCAAAAUUGCCCUUAACUAGUAUGUGUUUGCUGCUCGGCCAAGACUGGAGAUCAUUUCGUGCCAUUUAGGUACCCUACUAAAAUUGGGACUGUUUAUGAAAAGACUUUUACCAAGGAAAAUAAUGAAAAAGGAAAGAAACCUGAUAUGUUUAUUCUAGAUAAUGAAAAGGUCUUCGGAACCAAAGUGAGAUCUGGCUAACAGUACAAUUCAACUCAAAGAAAUGAUUACAAGGUAUUUACUGUUAAACCUGUUUACGUAGGAGAGAAGAAAUAUAAAGAUCAUAUGCUUUAUGAUGAGAAUGGAAACAGGAAGCCUCACAUUGACUUCGUUGCUAAUUCAUCAUACAGACAAAAUUUUAUUGAUCAUAACUUGGCAGGGCAAUACCAUGAGAAAAAUCCAAUUUUUCCAUUUUACUCUCUGCCUUUCAAGGAUAAAUCAUCCUAUUAAAAGACAUAUAAUAAUCUGAAGCAGCCACUGCAAGAGGAAAAAGAAUUCGAUAAGAACCUUCUCGAAGAUAAUGCAAGAAAAGGGAAACAAGGGAGAGUUCUUCAGCAAGAUCUACCAUUCUAGUCAACUACUACUAACAGAAAAACCUAUUCAAAUAUUAAGCCUUAUGACUUUGCUACUCCUAAACCACCUGUAGUUCAAGCGGUUACUACUCAUGCUUUCCAAGAACACUUCUAAAGCUUGAAGCAAAAAGACUUUAAUGGUAAAAUCAAACCAAUUUGCGAGAUUACCGAUAUCAAGCAUAAAUUAAUGAAUGGAACACUUUCUUGUCCUCAUCCAUUCGAAAUGACUUUAUGA